AUGUCGACCGGUCCUCUCUCCGGCAAAGUCGCCGUCAUCACCGGAGGUUCCAAGGGGAUUGGGGCAUCGACGGCCAAAGCACUGGUAAAGCAGGGGGCGAAAGUGGUGAUCAACUACGGGCGCGACUCGGCAGCGGCGGAGGAGCUAGUGGGCACGCUCGGGGCGGAGAAUGCGUACGCGGUGCAAGCGGACGCCGGCAGCAUCAGCGGGAUCGAGAAGCUGGUUGCGGCGGCGGUGGACAAGUACGGCAAGAUCGACAUCUUGAUCCCGAACGCGGGCGUGCUGCCGAUGCGCGACGUCGAGAACACCAGCGAAGCCGACUUCGACCACGCCUUCAACCUGAACGUCAAGGGCCCCUAUUUCCUGGUCCAGAAGGCCCUCCCGCACAUGGCCCCCGGCAGCAGCAUCGUGCUAGUUUCCACCACGCAGAACCACGCCACCACCGUCACGGGGCCGUACACACUAUACUGCGCCACCAAGGGCGCCAUCGAGCAGCUCGUACGCGUGCUGUCCAAGGACCUUCAGACCAAAAAGGGCAUCGCCGUCAACGCCGUCGCCCCGGGUCCCACGGGUACUGAGCUCUUCUACCAGGGCAAGAGCGAGCAGGUCCUCAAGUUUAUCGCCGGCUUGAAUCCCAAGAACCGCAUCGGCACUCCCGAGGAAAUCGCUGACGCUAUCGUCUUCCUCAGCGGCGACGGCGCCAGGUGGAUCAGUGGCCAGACCAUCAGGGUCAAUGGUGGACAAGCCUGA